AUGAUCUCAACCCAGGUAGUGCGUCCAGCACCUGUAUAUUCUUCACCUCCCCACACCAUUGGCAAGCUCAAGGUUGAGGGCGGUGGACGGAUGGCACUUGUGGCAACUUCCGAGCCGACAAGAUCUCCUUGGUCCUUGAAUGACCUCAGUUCAGAGUUACUCGCGUUGAUAUUUGAACAGCUACGGGAAAUCAACACUAGGUCGCUAGCCUCUGCACGUCUUCUAUCAAAGAGGUUCAAUGCUAUUAUCACACCUAUCAGAUACGAACACUUGACGCUCACCGAGCAGAUUAUCGCCCCAGAGGCGGCGACAUACUUUCCUGAAGCUUUGGGAAGGAUACAUACCUUAACACGACACGUUGAGAUCAGGAGUGAUCUAGACCCCCAAGGCAUUCAGCGACUGUUGAGUCGUAUACGGAGGCUGUUGACCGUGAGGUGGAAAUAUAAAGGGGCACACUUCCGCUCGGGGGAGUUUUGGAUUCCGUCAGAUGUUCUAAAUCCCCAACAAGCCAACGUGAACAACACAAAGAUUUAUAUCGAAGAUCUACCUCUCAGAGACUUCACUGCAGAUCAGCAAGAUCUCUACCUCAGGACCAUUCCAUCAGACCUACUUGCUUCACUGAAACUGGCCAGCCCGACGCCUCCCCUGACGAAUAGACUCGAAUCACUGAAGCAACUUAUUCUGAGGUCCAGGCAUCUGGAAACGUUCCACUACCAGGAUAGGGGCCAAGGUACUCGGUUCACCUUCUCGGAAGGCGAAGAGCUACCCGCCUUCAAAGAGCUAACCUUACGAUCGUACGACUGGAAUCAUACAGCGGCCGACGUGGAGGCACACUGGGAUUUCUCGCUUAUUGCAUCGCUGAAGCUCAUAGAUGUGCCCAUCUUUGAAUUCCUCACAUCAGUGCCGUUCGGGGACCUCGUCGACCUCCACACUCUCCAUUGCGAAGACUUCAGCGCCCACCUGCCCGAUCGACGCCGGGAGGCCACGUACGGCCUGUAUGCGUUGAUAAAGCAGAUCAAGGCACUCACCACCCUGAAAAUCACGUGCCAUACACAACUCUUCCCGAUGGACGGCUUGCUUCGCCACUCGAAGACGCUCCAGGUCCUCAAGUUCUGUGAUUAUGUCGGGUUCUCUGAAGACGACCGCCGUUGUCCAACUAUAUGGAUUGACGACCUCGUUGCGCUCGCGCAGGGUCUGGUCAAUCUGCACACGCUGGAGAUGGACAUGGACGUGGCACUCUGUGACCCGUCCCUCUUCUUGCGCGCGCUCUGCCAGUUCCCCCGGCUGCACACCUUGACUCUCCACGUCCAGACGGUCCUGCGCGCCUUCGAGGUCGUGCAUCCCGAGGUAGAUCGUGAUUACGAGGCGGCGAUGAGGACAUUUGGCACCUUGGUUCGGGGGAAGGCGGGCUCACCCUGGCGGUGCAUAACGAUCAACGUCGGCGGCUGGAGACGGCACAUGGUACGAAGACUGGGUGAGGCCUGGAGGGCGCAGAACGAGCGAGGCGUCUACGCCGAGAGAUGCUUCGUGUUGGAACGGAAUCCGACCGGAGGUAUGACGGUCCGAGAAGAGAUGGGAGGGGAAAGAUAA